AUGCCUUCCCCGACAGAUAACGUAGCAGUCAAUGUUCCAGACCCAGAGCAUCUUCCUGACAAAGUCGGAGGACCUAAAACCACAGGAAUGAUCGGUCGCACAUUCGAGUAUCAAUACCCAACCGGGCCACAGUACCGCAUUAGUUUCAGCAAGGGACUGGUAUACUUUACGGUCCCUACCCUCUCGGAUGGAACCACGGUGCUCGCGCUUCCCUACCAACAGCGGGAGGUCCGUCCUAAUCUGUUUUUGGUGCAUUGGAUUGGACCUGGAAGACAGGGACAUGUAGCCCUGGUAUUUGACAUGGAGCAAAAGAAGGUUGACUGUGCAGCAUUAAUGCCUGCCGGGCUAUACGAGCUAUUCGAUCGUGCUGUAUUUAAAGAGGUCUAUGAGAAUGGGGACUCAGCGUUGUACUUACCAUACGAGUGA